GAGAUGCCCCAGACAUGAAGCUGUGGGGGAAGAGGUAGCAUCAAGAAGACCUGCUUCACCCCGGAGAGGGAAACAAGCCUGGAGUCCAAGUCCUUUGAGUGACGCUUGUCAUGUUCCGUCGUUUACUCUCGGUGUGCUGUGUGUGCGGGCCAGAGCCAUCCUAGAUCACCCUUGAAGAACGUGAAGAACGAGGAUUGUUGUUUCUUUGGACGUUUUUGAAAGAAAAAUGGUGUCUUCUGGAGGUUUGCAAUGACUGACAGCCCCUGAGCGGGGUUGUCCCUGUGGUGCCUCCUGCCCCGGGCCUCCUGCCCCCGGCCUCCUGCCCCAGGCCUCCUGCCCCAGGCCUCCUGCCCCCGGGUUCCUGCCUCCUGCCCCCAGCCUCCUUCCCCCAGCCUCCCUCGCUCAAACUGACUCUAUGUGUUCUGAGUCUCCUUCUCUGACAAAUACUGGCAAGAGGCAAAGACAAGGGCCGAUAUAGACCCCCCCCCCAAAAAAACCUAACCCCCCCACCCUAAAAGUCCAUCGUCGUGGCGAUGGGGAGCUCCGCCUCGUCUCUCACCGCGGAGACGGAGUCUGACCAUGGGUUCCGCAGAACGCCGUACUCUUCGUCGCCUCCUAUUGGCUGGCUCAGAAACAGCCACAGCAGCCCGGUGUGGGGCACCACCUUCAUCACACGCCAGCAGCAGGCCCCAGUGCCACACCGGGAGCGCAGCCACUCCCACUCCCCUGGCUCCAUGGCGGCGGCGGUGCGACCGGCAGCGAAGUGGUGUCGUGCGGACCGCUGCACCUACCUGAACGCCGGGGCGUCGCCGCGCUGCUCCAUCUGCGAGGCUCCGCGGCAGAAGCCCGACCUCAACAAGAUCCUGCGUCUGAGCUGCGGCGAGGAGCAGCGCUGGGCCUGCCCCCGCUGCACCCUCAACAACCCCCAGGGCUCCGGAGCCUGCUCCGUCUGCGGCUUCGGCCCCUCCCCCGGCACGCCCACCCCCCCCCCGCCCCCACCCCCCGCCGCCACCUCCAACGGCCUCCUCCCCUCUGCUCCGCCCGAGCCGCCCAGCCCCGCGGCGGGCCCGGCCGUUCUCCUGGAGCCUCGCGGCCAGCUGCCCGCCAAGGAGGAGGGGAUGCGCCGGUCGGAGAGCAACGGCGAGGUGGGCGUGGCGCCGGAGGGGCACCACGCGGGGUGGGCGUGUCCCAGGUGCACGCUCCACAACACGCCGGUGGCGCUGUCGUGCUCGGCCUGCGGGGGGCCCAGGAAGCUGUCGCUGCCCAAGAUCCCCCCCGAGGCCCUGGUGGUGCCCGAGGUGCGCACGCCCGUGCUGGGGUUCCCAGUCCACGUGGCGGGGGCCCCGCUCCUCAUCGACCUGACAACGGACGACUCGCCGCCGGCCCCGCCCUGCGAGCCCCAGGAGCCCCCCCAGCCCCUAACCUCCCCCUUCAGCCCUUUCUCCUCCCUCCAGAACAACCCUGUGCCCCGUAGCCGGAGAGAGGUGCCCCCGCCGGGGAGAACCCCUAACCCCGGCACCAACGCCCCCAGCCCCACCUCCCCCUCCACGGCCGGCAUCCCCCCCCAGCCCUGCCCCCCGCUGCCCCUCAGACCCCCCAAGCCCAAGCAGGCCCAGCCCCAGGAGCCUCCCUUCCCCAGCAAGCGCCUCAGCAUCCUGGAGGAGGAGGACCAGGGCCACGGCCCGGGCCCCGUCGCCACGCCGCCCGUCGCCACGGCGCCCACCUGGAAGUGCCCCGGCUGCUCGCUCGCCAACCUGGGCGGGGCGUCCAAGUGCGAGGCGUGCCGUUCGUCGCGGGCGGGCGCCGACAUCAUCGACCUGGUGGGCUGUGAGACGGUGCGCUUCACGCCGGCCAGCCCCUCCAGCCCGGACUUCAGCACCUGGGCCUGCUCCAAGUGUACCCUGCGCAACCACACAGGGGCGCCCAAGUGCUCCGCCUGCGGCUCGUCCAAGCUGCACGGCUUCCAGGAGCAGCAGGGCUCCGCCCGCCUCCCCUGCCUGCACUGCGGCCUGCCAGGCCCCGCCCCCUGCUCCUGCUCCUCCUCCUCCUCAGGACACAAGGCACGGAAACUGGCUCGGGUCUACCCCUCACCCUCCUCCACCUCCUCCUCCGCCCUGCUGGAGAAGGCUGGCCAGUGGGCCUGCCCCGCCUGCACGCUGCUCAACGACGUCAAGGCCAAGAACUGCGUGGCGUGCCACACCCCGCAGCAGUACCUGACCCUGCGCAAGGUGGCCAAGCCGCUGAAGAGGAGGGAGAGCAUGCACGUGGAGGCCCGCCGCCGCAACGACGAGGGCGAGGCCAAGGAGCUGUGGGAGAACAUAGUCAGCUUCUGUCAAGAGAAUGUGGUGAACUUCGUAGACGACAGUUUUCCUCCAGGCCCUCGUUCGGUUGGCUUUCCCGAGGGAGACAGCGUGCAACAGCGAAUCAAGAAGUGGCUCCGCCCCCAUGAGAUCAACUGCAACAACUUCAAAGACCGGGGAGUGAAAUGGUCGGUCUUUCGCACGCCGCGGCCCUCGGACAUCCUGCAAGGGCUUCUGGGAAACUGCUGGUUUCUGAGUGCCCUGGCCGUGCUGGCAGAGCGUCCAGAGCUGGUGGAGAGAGUGAUGAUCACACGGGGGAUCUGCCAGGACGGGGCGUACCAGGUCCGGCUGUGUAAAGACGGCACCUGGAUCACCGUCCUGGUAGACGACAUGCUGCCCUGUGACGAGUAUGGAUACCUGCUGUUCUCCCAGGCCCAGAGGAAGCAGUUGUGGGUGGCCCUGAUAGAGAAGGCCCUAGCCAAGCUCCACGGCUCCUACUUCGCCCUGCAGGCGGGCCGGGCCAUCGAGGGCCUGGCCACGCUCACCGGCGCCCCCUGUGACUCGCUCAUGCUGCAGGUCAGCUCCACCAACCCCCGCGAGGAGCCCAUCGACACCGACCUCAUUUGGGCCAAGAUGCUGAGCUCCAAGGAGGCGGGGUUCCUGAUGGGGGCGUCGUGUGGGGGAGGCAACAUGAAGGUGGAUGACGUGGUUUAUGAGUCACUGGGGCUCCGCCCCCGACACGCCUACUCCAUCCUGGACGUCCGGGAUGUACAGGGAUAUAGACUGUUGCGGUUGCGUAACCCCUGGGGGCGUUUCUCAUGGAACGGGAGCUGGUCGGACGAGUGGCCUGAUUGGCCGCAGCACCUCCGCCACGAGCUGAUGGCUCACGGCAGCAGUGACGGAGUGUUCUGGAUGGAGUACACCGACUUCAUCAAGUACUUUGACUCGGUGGACAUCUGUAAGAUCCAUUCUGACUGGCAGGAAGUACGUCUCCAGGGCAGCUUCCCCUCCAGGGCCAGCGGACCAAUCACGGUCACCGCCCUGACCGUGCUGGAGAGGACUGCUCUGGAGUUCGCUCUAUUCCAGGAGGGCAGCAGGAGGUCGGACACGGCGGACAGCCACCUGCUGGACCUGUGCAUCAUGGUGUUCCGGGCGUCGUUCGGCAGUGGGAACAAGCUGACUCUGGGCCGGCUCCUGGCCCACAGCAAGCGGGCCGUCAAGAAGUUUGUGGGCUGCGACGUGAUGCUGGAGCCUGGAGAGUACGCUCUCGUCUGCUGCGCCUUCAACCACUGGCAGAUGAACGGCAGCGGAAGCCCGCCCACGCCAGUGUCCAGCCCCACCAGCGGCCGCCGGCCCUUGCAGGAUUUCCCAGGGUACAUCCUGGCCAUCUACAGCUCCAGACAGGUGAUGGUGGAGCAGGUGGAGGCCACGCCCACCACGCUGGCCGACGCCAUCAUCCUGCUGACGGAGAACAAGGGAGAGAGGCACGAGGGCCGCGAGGGCAUGACGUGCUACUACCUGACCCACGGGUGGGCGGGGCUUAUCGUUGUGGUGGAGAACCGCCACCCCAAGUACUACCUCCAUGUGUCAUGUGACUGCACCGACAGCUUUAACGUGGUGUCCACGCGCGGCAGCCUCAAGACCAUCGACAGCGUCCCGCCACUGCACAGGCAGGUGCUGGUAGUGCUGUCUCAGCUGGAGGGCAACGCCGGCUUCUCCAUCACCCACAGACUGGCCCACCGCAAGGCUGCCCAGGCCUCCCUGGGGGACUGGACCCCCACCAAGGCCACUCACAGCCCCCAGCUCACCCCCGACAUCGACGGCCUCCAUCGGCCCCGGCCUCUAUGACCACCCGCCCCCCCAGCGCACACACACCUAGGCUGACACUUUUAUACUUUAGACGAGGGUGGAGGGAGGAAUGGGGGGGGGGGGGGGCUGUGGUGGAAACAUGUAAGGAGAGGGGAGGGGGAUCAAACACGGACAGGAUGACGCUGUCCCUCCUCCACCUCCUCCUCCUUCAUCCCGGUGUGAGGAGGACCCCAUCCAGCCAAACCCUCCCUGAUCCUGCAGAAAUGGAACGUGCCAUUCUGGGGUGGUGUGGGGGUGGUGGGGGGCCCAGAGUAGUCCCUCCCUCAGCAAGAGCCCUGUGUGUGGGACUGACAAACAGACAUGGACCAGAACGCCUCCGGUUCCUCUACGUGGAGAUUCCCCUCAAAAACCAGACAAUGACCCCCCCCCCCCUUGUUCUUCUGAGGUCGAAGGUCGGGGUGCAGUGCUGUAACUACUGAGCCACUAUUGGCUGUUCCCCACUGAGCCAAUCUACCAGCUCCAGCCAGCCUGGUCUGACCCGCUCCUCCAGCGCUGCGUACAGGGUGGAUCUUGGAGGGGGUUGUCUUUGGGGGGGGGGGGGAACUCUCCCCCCCCCACGUCUCUGGAGUUGUCAACUAUUGAUAGUGGUGUGGGGGGCCCCCCCAACGCCAAAACAUGGUACUUGAUGAGCCAAACCCAAUCAGUUACAUGAAUACCACAAUCAUUGAUCCAUAAUCUUUAUAUGACUUUUUUUUAAAGAAAAGGAUUUGUUUAAUUUUUACACAUCUACACGUUUCUUUAGCUGUUUUGUCCGUGUGUGUGUCUGUGUGUGUGAGCGCGUGCACGUGCGUGCUCUUGAAUUACCCACCAAGCCAUCUGUAAGGUACUGUGUCCAAGGUCGCUCUCUACACAGUGCACAGGCAGCCCUCUAUCUCUCUCUCUCUCCUUCUUUCUCUCUCAUUCUCUCUCUCUGCAGAUGAAACUCAUCACCUCUGUGGUAGCUGGUCUUCUAGGUAACCUAUCCUGAGCUGGUUGGAGCUUUUGCUGUCCAGUGCUGUUGUAUCUCCACCUUGCUGAACCCAGCCAUGAAGCUUGAGCCCUGUAUGGGGAGAUGCUGGCCUCUCUGUGGAGCAAAGGCUCCUCAACACAGAGGCUACAGAACCUUUAUUCUUCCUCCGUCAUUCUAACCCCUGUGGAGGAGGGAUACCUGCUGAAGGGUCAGAGAUUAUUCUAUAAACGGUGUAUUCAUCCCAUUGGCAGGUUGGUUUACUUGAGUGACUGCAGAUUCUGUCUGUGGGUCCACCUCUAUUUGAGUGACUGCAGAUUCUGUCUCUGGAGGCAGACGGCUGGCUCUCUGGAGGCAGACGGCUGGCUCUCUGGAGGCAGACGGCUGGCUCUCUGGAGGCAGGCGGCUGGCUCUCUGGAGGCAGACGGCUGGCUCUCUGGAGGCAGACGGCUGGCUCUCUGGAGGCAGACGGCUGGCUCUCUGGAGGCAGACGGCUGGCUCUCUGGAGGCAGACGGAUGGGUCGCGGACAGCACCGCUGGGUUCACUUUGAGAGGUCUGGUUGUGACGGGAGAUAAUCUUAAUGGAGAAGCGCUGCUUUGCGGUCUGAAGAGUUAGUGUAGGUAAGUGGAUAGUUUCCGUGUCAUUUUUUUUUUCCUCAGUUCCGCGUUGUCAUUGGUUCCCUUUAGCUCUGUACUGUUACAAUAUUUGAAGAAGCUGUGAUUGUUUGAAAUUGAUUUGUAAGGCAUCUGAUAUGGGAUCUUUUUUUGAAGAGGAACUGGAUCUGAGUGAAUGAGUUUUAAAAGCGUUUAGUUUGUUUGGUGUGUCUGAACAUCGGAGCUCUCUGGGGGGCACAGCUACAGCAC